AUGGCCGCGCCCCUCCUCCUUGGCCCUCCCGUCAUCCGCGGCGCGCGUCCAUCGCCCGCCGCCGCUACCGCCGAGGCGCCCGCCUCCCAUCCCUUCCUCGACCUCCUCGACACCGGCUUCAACGCUCCUCCUCCCGACGCCGCCGCCGAUGCCAAGCCGCGGAUGGCGCGCACGGAGAACAACUCCGCCACCUACGCCUGCUCCGGCAACCCCUGCCUCGACUUCUUCUUCCAGGUGGUGCCCGACACGACGGCGCAGCGCGUGCAGGAGCUCCUCGCCGCCGCCUGGGCCAGAGACCCGCUCACCGCACUCAAGCUCGUCUGCAACCUCCGCGGCGUGCGCGGCACGGGCAAGUCCGACCGGGAGGGCUUCUACGCCGCCGCGCUCUGGGUGCACGCCCACCACCCCAGGACGCUCGCCUGCAACGUCCCGGCCCUCGCCGAGUUCGGCUACCUCAAGGACUUCCCCGAGCUCCUCUACCGCCUCGUCCACGGCGCCGACGCCCGCAAGCACGCCAAGGCCAAGGCGGACACCGAGAAGAUGAGGCGCAGGGUCAAGUCGAUCCGCCUGCAGGCUCUGGCCGGCCGCAAGCGCGCCCGCGCCGGCGUCCACGGUGCUGCGCCUCCUCCUGCGCCUGUCGCCGUCCCGACCAAGCCCUUGCUCGCCGACUUCGUCAACGCCGCCGUGCUCUCCACCAAGUCCGAGAGAAGCAGCAAACCGGGAGCCAUGGCGACCACGGAGUCUCAUGAUCAGGCGACGAUGGAGGUUGCCGUGGAGCCAAAACACGAGGGCGAGACCGAGGCUACGGAGCUGGAUCAGAGUUCGGGGAAGUCUAUGGAGAAGAAGAAGAAGGGCGUCCCCAGCAGCAAGAAGGUUCGGAAGCUCGCCCCCGGCGGCAAGCGCAGGAAGAUCGGGCUCGCCGCCAAGUGGUGCCCCACGCCCGGCUCGUCGUUCGACCGGACGACGCUGCUCUGCGAGGCCGUCGCCCGCCAGCUCUUCCCGCGCGACUCCAACCCCGACUACGCCGACCUGUCGGAGGAGCACUACGCCUACCGCGUCCUCCACCGUCUCCGUCGCGAGGUUCUCGUGCCGCUCCGUAAGGUUCUAGAGCUCCCCGAGGUUUACAUGAGCGCCCAGCGAUGGUCCGAGCUGCCCUACACCCGCGUGGCGUCGGUGGCCAUGAGGCGCUACAAGGCCCUGUUCAAAAAGCACGACGAGGCGCGCUUCGGCAAGUACCUCGAAGACGUGGAGGCGGGCAAGGCCAAAAUCGCGGCCGGCGCGCUCCUGCCGCACGAGAUCGCCGCCGCAGCCUACCGCGGCGAGGACGACAACGUGUCUGAGCUGCAGUGGAGCCGCAUGGUGGAGGACCUCCGCAAGAAGGGCUCGCUGAGCAACUGCAUCGCCGUCUGCGACGUGUCCGGGAGCAUGGGCGGCCUGCCGAUGGAGGUGUGCAUUGCACUCGGCCUGCUCAUCUCGGAGCUCAGCGAGCAGCCGUGGGCGGGCAGGGCGAUCACGUUCAGCUCACGGCCCCAAAUUCACACGAUCGUAGGCAAAACCCUCCAACAGAAGCUGAGCUUCGUUCGGUACAUGGAUUGGGGUGGGAACACCAACUUCCAGGCGGUGUUCGACCGCAUACUGCAAACGGCGGUGGACGCUCGCCUGGCGCCGGAGAAGAUGAUCAGGACCCUCUUCGUGUUCAGCGACAUGGAGUUCGACAUGGCCUCGGCCAACCCCUGGGAGACAGACUACCGGGCCAUCUGCCGCAAGUUCAGGAAUGCCGGGUACGGGGACGUGGUGCCGCAGAUCGUGUUCUGGAACCUGAGGGACUCGCGCUCCACGCCAGUGACGUCGACACAGCCAGGGGUCGCUAUGGUCAGCGGCUUCUCCAAGAACCUGGUAAAGCUGUUCCUGGAGAACGACGGCGUGGUGAGCCCGGAGGCUGUCAUGGCGGCAGCGAUCGCUGGCGAGGAGUAUCAAAAGCUUUCCGUGUUUGAUUGA